AUGUCAACAAAUUUUUUUAUCGAUGCUCUACUUAAUAGUAAUCAUGAAAAUAAAAAUCGUUCAUCUAUAUAUAUGAAUUCUUAUUUACAUGAAUCAAAUUUCAAUUCAGAUAGUUUGAAUUAUCCUACAACAAGUGAUAGUGAUGAAGAUGAUAAUUCAUCAUUAAAUAAAAGUUCAAUAACAAUACGUCGUAAACGAACAGCUUUCACAAAUGAACAACUAAUGGAAUUAGAAUCAGAAUUUCAACAAAAAAAAUAUUUAUCACUUAUUGAACGUUCACAAAUAGCACAAACAUUGAAUUUAACUGAAAUACAAGUUAAAAUUUGGUGGCAAAAUCGUCGUGCAAAAUGGAAACGUAUUAAAGCUGGACAAUUAAGACAAUUUUCAACACACUGUCAAACAAAUAAUAAAGUUUUCUGUCCUAUACCAGUACAUGUUAAAAAACAUUUUACAUCGUGA